AGGAAACCCACAGCCAAAACCCUUCUCCUCCUAGGGUUUUAAGUCUGACGGAGUAAUAAUUUUCCUCAUUUCUUUUCGUGAGCCAAGGGAUUCAUAUUCUGGGUUGAGAAUAGUGGAUAUAAAACAAUCAGUUUCCAAAGGUAAGCAACCCCAAAACUCAAGCUUCUUACUGAUUUUCAUGGUUUCUGUCUUCAAUUUGAUUUGUGCAAAUUUUUGGUCUACCCACUUCACAAUUCCUCAAAAAGAUCCAAUCUCUUGUAGGUUUUAAUCUCCCCUUUUACUCUCUUUGCCUCCUUGUUUUACAUACAUGCCAUGAUAUUGACUAUAAUCAAUAAAAGGGUGUCUAAGUUCUCUGAAAUGAUAGCUCAAGUCAAUAAAUCUCUUGUUUUCUCUCCUGUAGAUAUUGAAAUUUCCUAUAAAAAGCAAAACCCUUUUCUCAGUUCCCUUAAAGUUCAAUGCUUUUGCAGUUCCAGAUCGUCCCAGAAUGCAAAAGUUUCACAUUCUGGGUCAGUUCAAUCACCUGUUACUCUUCAUAGUACUCGUGUCUCACGGGUUGCGAGAACUGAUGCUCAACGUGUUCUCUUUGAUUACUUGCAUUGCACUAGGAACUUUGAUUUCAAUGAUGCAGAGCAUAUUAGCAAGAAUUCACCUCAUUUUAUUGAAAAUUUGCUCACCAAGAUUGAUAAUGAUAAAGACGUUGUGCGGUUGUUGAAUAAAUUUCUUAGGUAUAAUCCAAUUAAUGAGUUUGAGCCGUUCUUUGAGAGUUUAGGUUUGAGGCCAUCUGAGGUUCCUUCGGUUCUUCCACCGCAUUUGAUGUAUCUUGGUGAUAAUGAUAUGUUGCUUGAGAACUUUCAUGUUUUGUGUAAUUAUGGAAUUCCCCGUAGUAAGAUUGGUAGGAUGUACAAGGAAGCAAGAGAGAUUUUCGGAUAUAAUUAUGGGGUGUUGAAAUUGAAACUUCUGGCUUAUGAAAACUUGGGUCUAAGCAAAACCACUGUUGUUAAGCUUGUUAGUUGUUGCCCAUCUCUCCUUAUUGGUGGUGUUGAUAGAGAGUUUGUUAAUGUUCUUGGGAGAUUAAAUAGAGCAGGAUUAAAGAAUGAUUUGAUUGGAGGAUACUUGUCUGCUAAAGAGUCUUAUGAUUGGAAAAGACUGAUCGACACAAUAUAUUUUCUUGACAAAGUAGGUUAUAGUGAGGAGCAAUUCCGUGAUCUGUUGAAAACGAAUCCUGUGUUAGUGUUUGAAGGUUCUGGGAAGAAAGUUUAUUUGUUGUUUGGUCGGUUACUCAAGUUGGGCCUCAAGGUGAAUGAGAUUUAUUCAUUGUUCACACAAUAUCCACAAAUCUUGUCGGCCAAGCGUGCGAAGAAUCUUUUGCGGGGAAUUCAUAUCUUGUUGGGCAUUGGAAUGGGAGUAGAGGACAUUGCAAACAUCAUAUCUACACAAAUGGAACUUCUGUGCUCUGCUGCUUUAAAAGGACCUGUAACUCUUCGUAGACAAUUCAAAGAUAAGAAAGAUAGUUUAUGCCAAAUCCUCAUGGAAAACCCACUGGAGCUGUUCCAUUUGGAUUCUAAAUCAGAAGUUGAAAGCAGCAAAAUGUUAUCCUCCCGGGGUCCUACUAACAAAUUGGAGAAAACAGCAUUCUUGUUGAGAUUGGGGUAUGUUGAGAACUCAGAUGAGAUGGCAAGAGCUCUAAAAAUGUUUCGAGGUAGAGGAGAUCAAUUACAAGAGAGGUUUGAUUGCCUGGUACAAGCUGGUUUGGACUACAAUGUUGUCUCCAGCUUCAUCAAACAAGCUCCCAUGGUGCUAAACCAGACCAAAGAUGUAAUUGAAAAGAAGAUUGAUUGCCUGACAAACUUAGGCUGCUCGGUCAACUCACUGGUGGCGUUCCCAUCAUAUUUAUGCUACGACAUGGAGAGGAUUAAUCUUAGAUUUAGAAUGUAUACUUGGCUGAAGGAAAAAGGUGCAGCAAAACCCAAAUUGUCCUUGAGUACUAUCCUUGCAUGUUCAGACGCACGAUUCAUAAAAUAUUUUGUAGAUGUCCAUCCUGAAGGACCAGCAAUGUGGGAAAGUUUAAGGAACACGUCAGCUUCAAGCUAAGAUGACAAGAAGAACAAAAGGCGGGAAAGCAUUGAAGGCUACAAAUUUUUCCAUAAAUAGAUUCCAGCUAUCAUUUGUAUGAGACUUCAAGUUCUUCAACCUAUGUGACUCUCCAUUGCAGAAUCUGGAUCACAUGUUAUCCUGCAUUUGAUCUCUCAGCUGUACACAAGUCUCGUCCAGUGAUACAACCGUCUUAGCAAUCAAGAGCGUCAGACGCCCCACCAUCGAAAUGAGAAACGAUCAUGCUCGCAACCAACACUGCAACCAAAAAUUUCUUCAUCAUUUUCCUUUUCUAAAAAAAUGUAAGCAUUGUGACCCCCCUUCCCUCGUCCAUUUAUAGAUGUAAUGUUAGACUUGCCCGUUAGUUUGGGUUGGAACUACGAAAGUACCAUCCCCAAGAUCCAUCCUCCAUCUUUGAAGCAGCCGUCCAUGUUGAAAGCUUUAGCUGACAAAUACCAGGGAGUGAAUCAAGGAUAAGGGUGUAUCUAUACGUCAUAAGGUUUUGACUACACAUCAUAGCAGAGUGCUCCAGACAUAUGCAACUGUAUCAGUGCAUGUGGCUGUGUCAGUUCCAUCUUGGCGGUGUAACGUGGGUGUGCGAGCCCUAUCCAUAUUUGAUGUACAAAUGCAAUUUUAAAUCAUAUUCUUCUAUUUUCUCCA